AUGGCGUUCAUGCUCAUCUACUCUUUGUUCAAUACUUCCAUUCCGAAUGGCCUCAUAACGCUCAACCCUCGAUUUGCACCUGGACUUGAUCUUUGUUGGUAUCAUGAAAUGAAACUUUCCUUUCACCAAACAGAGCUGAAAGUAUUUAUAAGAUGCAUAAAUUCACUGGGUAAACUUGGUCAAGAAAUCUAUUUUGAUUGGACUUCAGACGGCCUUGUUUUAAAGACUGUCAACUCCUCUAGGUCCGCUUAUGCUGCUGUUACUUUCAAGCACAACUUUUUUGUAAAAGUCACAGAUAUCGAGUCGAGUAGUUCACUGCGUUUCAAGAUUCCAAGUCGAUCUUGCUCGAAUGUAUUUAAACUAUCCAGCACACUGGAACGGACAGUUCAGAAGUGUCGCAUUUUGUUGACAUCGAAUGCAACCGUUUUGGUCGUGCAGUUUUUUUGUAAAUACGGUAUUGUUAAAACUUUCAACAUGUCGAUCAUUGAAUGUGAACAUUUGGAGGCCGUGUGUUCACCAGAGCAGUCGGCCAACCACUUGGUCCUCUCCACUAAAGUCCUCUGUGAGGUACUGCAAAACUUCCGCCAAUCUUCCGAAGAGAUAACCGUCGUCCUCAGAGACGGGGAAUGUAAUUUUCAAAACUAUGUUCUCCAUGGAGAUCCUACUGGUAUCUCGACACAACUUCCACUCAGCGCGACAGAGUUUGACUCUUACCUUGUCACCUUCCCAUGUGAUCUUACCUUUUGUCAAAAGGAGCUACGAGCCCUUCUCGGAUUCUGUGAUCUCAUCAGUCCGGCAUUGCGAAUCUAUUGCGAUCGACCUGGGAGGCCGGUGGUUUUUGCUUGCACUCACGAAACUCGCCUGAGCGCACGGUUUGUGUUAGCAACUCUACCACCCGAUGCAUAUUCUGUGUCGAACUCCCAAUCCUCCCAACAGACGCGACCUCGUGCAUUGGCGAGCAAACCCACGGUCCAGAUGACUCGGCAAUUGGCUGACCAAUCAAACACAUUCAACAUUUCCACCGUUUCUGAUACCACCCGCACCAAGUUCUCCGGCGACCCUCCGAAAGAUGAGGUCACUCUGUUGGCAACUCUGUCUACUGCUCCCAUGGUUGGACACCGCAACCUAGAUGAAAUGCAAAACUCCUUGGCUAACCCUAAUCCGUUCGAUCUCACCCACACUCAGCUGCUUCCGCCAACCUCUUCACCUCUGCCACAGAACCAUGUUCCAAGACCCUACAGUGUCCCUCGUCUGCGUCAGUCUGUAA